UGCCUUCCCACUCCGCCUGGCGUCAUGGGCACCUGGGCCUUCCCUGCCACCCUUUUCUUCCUGUGCUGGACUCCGGAGAGCCUGCAAGGCGGCUUGGGGAGCCCCGAUGGCUACCGAUCAGGCUAUGGACCCCCCAGUGGCCUGGGAGCCGGCUUUGGAGGGGACAUGAAACCACAGAAGCCAGGAUUCAGGAACGGGAAUGGCCUGGGAGCCCAGCCAGGGCCCUCAGCUCAAAAUGGCUACAGAGCAGGAUAUGGAACCGGGGCAGCUGUGCCCUUCCCAGGGGUGGGAGCCCAGCCAGGCCUGGGCGAGGGCAUGAAACCUCGGAAGCUAGGAUUAGGAAGCAGAAAUGGCUUGGGAGUCGGAGCCCUUCCAGGGGCAGGAACCCUGCAGGGCUUGGGAGAGGCUGUGAUACCCCAAAAGCCAGGAUUUGGCAACAGGCAUGGCCUUGCAGCCUGGGCCUUCCCGGCGGGCGAAGCCCAGCCAGGAUACGGCAAUGGCAAUGGCCUGAGGACGCAGCCAGGUCUUACAGCACAAAACGGCUUUGGACCAGGCUUUGGAGGGAGCGGAAUUCCCCAGAAGCCAGGCCUCAGAGGAGGACUAAAACCCCAGAAGCCAGGCCCCACAGCUCCAAACAGCUAUGGACCAGGAUUCAGGAACGGGAACAGGCUAGGAGCCCAGCCAGUCUUGGCAGCUCUGAAUGGAUUUGUAGCAGGAUACGGCACUGGAAAUGGGCUGGGAGCCGGGCCUGGCCUAGGAGCUGGCACAAAGCCCCAGAAGCCAGGUUACAGGAAUGGGCUGGGAGCUGGAGCCUUCCUGGGCAAGGGAGCCCAGCCCGGGUACGUGCCAGGCCACCGGGUGCUGCUCCCCGCAGGCCUGGGAGGGGGUGUGAAGCCUCAGAAGCCAGGAUAUGGCCACGGAAAUGGGCUGGGGGUCCAGCCAGGUCCCUGCAAUGCGGGGCUCACUCCACUGCUGCUUCCCAGGCCUCCCCCUCCAGGGGUCCCUUCGGAUAAAGGGGGCAGCUGGGGCCUGAAGUCCCAGCCCCCACCCCCAGUACAGAAUGGCAAGUUCCCAGGGUACCAGCCUCCAAAUGGCUAUGGACCAGGAGCAGAACUGGGCUUUGGCGGUGGCCUCAAGCCACAGAAAGUUGGGUAUGGGGAGGAAGCUCUUGUGUACCCCAAAGCAGCAGCUCCAGCCCCUGAAGGAAACGGCCAGGCUGGCGCACUGCUGGGCUCUCCCUGGCCCGUGCCCCAGGCCUGGAGGGCUGGCUUGAAGCUUGGGUACGGGGCCAGAGGCGAGUAUGCAGAGGUCGGGAGCCAGCUGGGGCCCUAUGGACUGCUAAGGCCAGAACUGAGUCCUGGGCCCUUUGGGGGCCCUGAGCAAAAGAGAGGCAGCAAUGGCCAGCUGGGAAAUGGUUACAGAGGCCACUGCCCUCUUGGGAAAUGCUGAGCACUUCGGUCUGUCUGUCCUGAGGGCCUCUGCAUGGGAGCCUGGCCUGCUGGCCCGAAGGCAGCCCCGAGGGUGUGGCCUGGCCUGGGGUCUCGUCCAGACUAGAAGUAUUAAUAAAGGCCACGUGCUUUCCCUGUUUGCCUCUGUGUGCCAUUCGGGAGGGUUGCAGACUG